AUGAAUACAAGAAUCACGAAAAAAGUGUUUGUCGACUCCUACACAACAAACAUGGACGGAACACAAACUUUGCACAGACUGCCCGACUAUCAGGACGUGGAGGACUCGCAGGAACUGUUCUGGUACAAGAAAACCUUGGCACCAAAACAGAAUCUGCCAUCCGUUUAUAACCACGGCGACGCUGUUUCGUAUCCGGUCUCGUUCCAGUUUCCGGUCGACAGCCAGCUGCUUCCGUCGUCGUGCGACUUCCACGGCCAGGACGGCGUCGGCCACGGCAGCGUGUCCACCGAGUACUUCAUAAAGGUGGUGGUGACGCUCGCCAACAGCGACCCUGUCGUUGCCUUCUUCCCCAUCAGCUUCCAGUGCGAUUCCGAUCACGUGACCCCGAUCUUGACCUCGAGCAAGCAGAGCAUGUGGUUCGAGCAGAGCAUGAAGCGCAAGGUGAUGUGUGCCGGAUCGCUUGUGGCGAACCCGCUCGCCGCAAGCGCAAAGCAUGCGUUCAAGCUGGGCCGGUAUUUUUCGGGCCCCAAGAAGAGCCAAAGCGUAGCACAGCUAGCUUCGGACAUCAUGCUGACGGUGAGUCUCAACACCGUGGGCUACUUGAACCUCGACAGCAACAUCCAGCAGCUGGGUGACCUGUUGAUCGCCACGCCUCAAACACACGAAUACGCUGUGGACGGAGUGUCCACCGGACUGGGAGAGUUUGCGAUCACCAAUGUGCGCCUGAGUAUCGUUUCGCAAAUGACGCUGAAGAUCGGACACGACCGCGUUUGCAACCCGGGAACGCCCGUGGAGCUGCUCAAGCUGGGCUUCAGGCCCGGCACCGAGCCCCGUUUCGACGUGGCAGAGUUCAGCGAGCGCAACGGCAUGCUCUACCACGAGAUUCCGCUGAGUGCUGUUCUGCCCGCACGGUCACUGAUCGACUCUCUGCCGCGGCCAUUUGUGCCUAAUAUCAGCAUCGGCAAGUAUUUCUGCAACCGGACCCAGAUAUGUGUGAGUGUGACUCUCAAGAACACCAACGCGUCCAAAAAGGGUAUCAACAUGUUCAGGUUUGCGCACGACAUUGUGAUUGGGUCAUCCGAGAAGCUGGCGCCAAACUACGACUCGAUCGAGCACGCUCCAGCUCCGCCGUACACCUGUGUGCAGCCCAUGGUGGCUCCGCCGGUGUACACUGAAAAUGUAUAG